AUGGUACUCGCACUAGCAUUGAAAGCAGAACUGAACGGAGUCACCGACCUCCGCCCCAACGAUACCGAAGACGCGCCCUUUUUCUACACAUUCAAAGUCCAAUGCACGUCAUCAAGGGUGAAGCCAACUUUGUCUGGAGGUGUAAGAAUUAGAGAACACUCAGCGAAUAUCAAAGCUGCGCCUGCUUCCUACCCACAAAGCGACCCACCAAAGAAGAUCAAUAUCCUCGAGUUCGACUGCAGAGGCCUGGAGUUUGUCGAAUUCAAGGCUGAGGGAGAGUUCCUUGCGACGGGUAUAGAAUCAGGCACAAAGUUCUCGGGCAUCGAGCUACCCGAUGGCGAAUGGUAUGACUACGACGAGAAGGCUGGCGAGGAAGUCAGCAUCACAAAUGUCGAGUGGGAGAUACGUCGUGCAUAG